UCAUUUCUCUUGUUAUCAACGCUGCAGAGAGGAAACGUCUGGCCCACAUCUGUGGUGUGUUGGGCUUUUUUUUUAGAGGAAGGGGCACAAGCUUAGCAUGAAAUGGAACGUGAAAUCUUCUGGCUGGUCUGAAAAAAUUCAGUAUUGUCAUAUCUGUUCAUGUGGCUUGCAGAGGGCUGAGGAGGAACGUGUCUGUCCCCUGAUAUAGAGAUGGACCUUGUUUGAACUCAGCUGGCCGCUCAUAGUAAUCCUCAAGCCUUGGACUGUACUAUACUACUUCUCUCUCAUCCUUCUUUGGCCAUCAGAAACCAUGUACAGCAGUGGCUACUCCCAGGUCUCCAAGCGCACACUGGAGGCCCAAAAGAAAACGCAAUACCGCUCAAAAGGCAAGAGCUGUGGCUACUACAUGCGUAUUGUCUUCUUCUUCUCAUCCCUCAUUCAGUCUCUUAUCAUAGUUAGCCUUGUGCUCUUUCUGGUCUACGGGAAGAAGCAGGACUCAGCCUCCACAGCACGUAUCCAGGACCUGGAGGAGAGCUUCAGUCGACUCUCCAUAGACAAUGUCGCACUCAGGCAGCAGAGAAAGAACCUGACCAACUUACUCAAUGCCACCCUGACUGAUAAGGCCCGUAACGACUAUGACCUGAUCAAUUUGCGCCACUACAUCAACAUCUCAAUACUCAUUAUCCAUGACCUCAACGGAAAACUGCAACAGUGCAAUAACGAAUUGUACAUGUGCAAGGGCCCAACACGUAUUUCUCCUCCCUGCUUUCCAAAAACUCCAGGUAACGGUAACUGUGACUUUGCUAUUGCAAGUAUAAAAGCCAGGCUUGAGUUGGUGGAGUCCAACUUCACCCAAACAAUGCAGAGAACGAGGAUGGAAAUGGACCAGAUUGCCAAAGAGAGGGACUACAUUAACUUGGAGGCCAUCCGUCUGCGGAGGGACAAAUCCACACAAGAAAAGGAGUUGCAGUACAAUAGACAAAAAUGUAAAGAUGACUUUUCCCAGUCCUUGAGCAGUGUGUCCAAUGUCUCCAAGGCUUUCCUACAGAAGAUUGAAUCACUCUUCCCUGCACACAUUGCCUUCCAGCUCACCUGUCCAAAACAGAGGGAACACCUGGAGCAGAUCCGCACCAAUUGCACCAGCCUGUCCAGAGAAGUGGAGGACAAGCUCCAGCAUUACCUGAACAAUGUGGGAAACCAGGUGUCAGACAUCCAGGCUGAGAACAGCCGCUUGAAGGCAGAGAACUGGCGACUGUCUGAGGACUACCGCUGGUGCACCCAGAACCGCUCAGGCCUGAUCCAGGAGCACAAACAGAACUUAGACAAGCUUCAGCGGAAACAUGAUCAGGACAAGGAGAGACUCCUGAUUGAUAAGAUGAAGCUGAAUGGACAAAUAGAAGUCCUGGACAACAAUGUCAAAUAUAAAACUAAAGAGGUUGAUCAUCUCAUGGAGCAAAUCCAGCAUCUCAACAUGUCCUGUUUGUCUAAGACAGGCACACAGAGUCAGCCUGGAUGGGGGUUGUUUGGUGGUGGUGGAUCCAGCUCUGCUGCUGGGGGUCAGCGUAGGAUAGGGUCAGGUGGGCUGGGUUUGAGUGUUGGCUCAUCUGGAUCAAUGUCCAAUAAGCCAGGAUCAACUGGGACUGGCUCUUCAAGCUCAUCUUUCCCGUCACUUGGGUCAAUUCCAAGCCUUAGCUCCACUGGGUCAGGAUUCAAUAGGCAAGGAUCAACUGGGACUGGCUCUUCAAGCUCAUCUUUCCCGUCACUUGGGUCAAUUCCAAGCCUUAGCUCCACUGGGUCAGGAUUCAAUAAGCCAGGAUCAACUGGGACUGGCUCUUCAAGCUCAUCUUUCCCGUCACUUGGGUCAGUUCCAAGCCUGAGCUCCACUGGGUCAGGUUUCAAUAAGCCAGGAUCAACUGGGGGAGCUGCCUCAAGCUUUGGUCCAGUGGGCUCAAGUCCAAGUCUUAGCUCAAGUGGGAUAGGCUCAAAUAAACCAGCAAUGAAUGCAAGAGGCUCAUCAACCAUUGGGUCAUCCUCUGGGUCAACUGUGUCAAAUCCGAACCUUAGCUCUAGUGGGAUAGGAUCAAAUAAGCCAACAUCAAGUUUGAAAAGCUCCUCAACAGGAUCAACAAGCAAAACUGGGUCCGGAUUUUCUUGGUUUGGCCUUGGGAGCAGUAACUCGGGACAAAGUAAGCCAGGAAGUGGAACAGGGAAAGGAACAUCAAGUGGGAAUAGUUUCGGUGGAACUGGAUUUGCAUUUGGCGCAGAUAGGACAACUGGACAGGGAGGUGGCCGAGUCAGCGUCACUCAGCACCUUCAAGAUCUGCAGCGCAUCAUCAAUCCCUCUGGCCCAGAGGAGAAACAAGAUCUCUCUAGGAUGUUGGGUUAGUCCAUCUUAUCUUUAUGAGCCCAAUGAAAAAUCAAGAGAUUUAGCCUCAAUUUCAUCUAUUACACACAGCUAAAUGCAAGCUCAUCAUAUUGAGUUCAUGUAUUGUAUAUCAAUAAAUGUUGCAUAUAAUAUACAUUAUUAAAUGACAGUUUAUACUUCAAUAUGCAUUUAUAAGAUUAAUUUGAAUAACCUUUGCUUUGCUAACUUUUGAAUGUAAAAUGUGAAGUUUGUGUGUUAAUGAUUUGUAUCAACACAGUAAGAAACUUAUCAUGGAUAAGCAUCUGUAUUACUUACAAUGUAAAUACAUAAAAAUAAAAGCUUUGU